AUGUUUCAACAAAUUACUAGACUAGCAAGCAGAAGAGCUUUCUCUUCCACAGUCAAAAGACAAGUACACUUCAAGGAGGGUAUUUACUCUAACUUACCUGUUAAGAUUCACAACAGAAAGAUUCCUUACGCUUUCAUCCAUUUUAGUUUCUUUGCAGUGGGUUUCCUAUUCCCAUUCUUCUCUGCAUACGUACAACUAAGAAAGGCUGGUGUUAACUAG